AAAACCCUUAUAUAGAAGGCGAAGAAGGAAAGGAAUCAAUCAGAGAUAAAAAUGUCUACUCAUCCAGAAGUUCCCGGCGAGCCAACUCCGGUCAAAACCAAUCUCGUUGAGACUGCCACCGCUGCUGUUCAAGGCUUUGGUCCCGUUAAUAAAAUCCACCAACACCUCUGCGCAUUCCAUUUCUAUGGAGAUGACAUGACUCGGCAAGUGGAAGCACAUCACUUUUGCGGUCACCAGAAUGAGGAAAUGAGACAGUGUCUGAUAUACAACGGCCCAGAGGCAGACGCUCGUCUAAUUGGGCUGGAAUACAUUAUAUCGGAGAACCUGUUUAUGACCCUGCCGGACGUGGAGAAGCCGCUGUGGCACACACACGAGUAUGAGGUGAAAAGUGGUGUCUUGUUCAUGCCUGGAAUUCCUGGUCCAAUACAAAGACAGGAUCUUGAGAAAGUGUGCAAAACUUACGGCAAGACUAUUCAUUUUUGGCAAGUUGACAAAGGUGACAAUUUACCUCUUGGCUUACCUCAGAUUAUGAUGGCUAUGACUAGGGAUACUCAGAUUUAUGAUGACCUUGCUCGAGAUGUGGAGAACCGAUAUGGGGUAUCAUUUGAGAAAGAGAGGGAGAACAGAGCUUAUAUGAAAGGGCCAGAUCACGGAAUACAUCCUUUGGCUAAUGGUGGAGGAAAGGGUCUCAGGACUAGCCUCAGAGAGGUUGACUGCAAGCCCCCUGGCAGUGUUUAGAGGGUUCUUGUGUAAUUUACCAUAUAAUAUGAUACCCAUGUAAAAUAUAAUAUGUUAUAGGUUGCAGGAUUUUGGUUGUGUAAUUUUGAUGACUCGACGUGUAUUAUGGUAAUAUACGAUAUGUAUAUAACUAAAUAUGUAUAUGGACUAUUUACUGUGGCACUAUUUCUGGUGUUCUUUUGCCCAGUAAUUUUUGAGUGUGUAAUCUUAUCUUGUCACGUUUCCAUUCUUAUUCUAUUUCUAAUCAAAAGAGAGAACAUAAUUCCAAGAC